AUGCUCCGCCUCCUUCUUGACACCAGUCAUAAUGCUGCUGGGAGAUUGCCCCGCAGAGGUGUUGCCAGCAUCACAGAGCGCAUCAAGCGGGACGAGCGUAGGCAGAGACAGCGAGUUCAGCAGGAAGAGGACGCUGCUCGGGUCUCACAAGUUAAAGGUCAACGCUGGAAAGAGAAGGAAGUGAUCAAGUAUGAAAUCUCCACAGUGCCAGGAGAUAAGAAAGAUACAACAUGUCCACUGCCUUCCUCCUACAGCCCACGCUAUGUAGAAGCUGCCUGGUAUGCUUGGUGGGUGAAGCAAGGUUUUUUCAAGCCAGAGUACCAGAGUCGUCUCCCUCAGUCUACACCAGAGGUCUUCUCUCUCUGCAUUCCUCCCCCAAAUGUCACUGGCUCACUUCACCUUGGACAUGCUCUCACUGUGGCGAUUGAGGACUCUCUUGUUCGCUGGAGGAGAAUGCUGGGUCAGAAAGUUCUCUGGGUGCCUGGAUCUGAUCAUGCUGGUAUUGCAACACAGGCCGUGGUUGAGAAGAAACUGUUUAAAGAACAAGGACUUUCCCGACACGAUCUCGGCCGAGAGGAAUUCCUAAAGGCGGUCUGGAAGUGGAAGGAAGAGAAGGGGGACAGAAUUUACCAUCAGCUUAAAUCUCUUGGUGCUUCACUUGACUGGGACCGAGUUUGCUUUACUAUGGAUGAGGGUUUCUCCUGGGCGGUGUCUGAAGCGUUUAUUCACCUCUAUGAGGAUGGUUUAGUCUCUCGUCGACGUCGCCUUGUUAAUUGGUCCUGUGCCUUGCGCUCAGCUAUUUCUGACAUUGAGGUGGAGAACAGACAGCUGACCAGUAAAACCUACCUUACUGUGCCUGGAUAUGAAAAGAAAGUUCCUUUUGGGCUUCUGUUCAGGUUUGCUUAUCCCACAGAAGGUGGAGAAGAUGAAAUCACAGUGGCCACCACACGUCCGGAAACCAUGCUGGGUGACACUGCUGUAGCUGUCAAUCCCAAUGACAAAAGAUACCAGAAAUUCCAUGGAAAGAAUCUCUUUCAUCCUUUCACUGGACGUUUAAUUCCUGUUGUCACCCACGACCUGGUCAAGCCCGAGUUUGGCACAGGAGCUGUAAAGGUCACCCCUGCCCACAGCCAGGUGGAUUUUGAGAUAGCCAAGGAUCUUGCAUUGCCCUUCGUUUCUGUGAUCGGGGAAGAUGGGACUAUGACACAAGCCAGCGGAGACUGGAUCCAGGGGGUGAAAAGAUUUGAUGCUCGAGAGAAGAUUGUGGCUGCACUAAAAGAAAAGAAGCUAUAUAGAGGGGAGAGCGAACACUCCAUGGUUCUUCCUGUCUGCAGCCGUUCCGGUGAUGUGAUUGAGCAUUUAUUGAAGAACCAGUGGUUUGUGAACUGUGAGAAGAUGGCACAAAGGGCCAUAAAGGCUGUUGACUCAGGACAGUUACAAAUCAUUCCUUCUUAUCACCAGAAGAACUGGAGGAAUUGGCUUUCAAAUAUCAGUGACUGGUGUGUGUCCCGGCAGCUAUGGUGGGGACAUCAGAUUCCUGCUUAUCUUGUGACUCUUCCAGAGAUGCAGAUCACUAGUGAGAAUGAAGGUUUCUGGGUACCUGCUCAUACUGAGGAGGAAGCUCGAAAAAAAGCCGCUAAGGCCUUGGGAAAGGCGGAGAGUGAGCUCAGCGUGAAAAGAGAUGAAGAUGUUCUGGACACUUGGUUUUCAUCUGCUCUCUUCCCAUUUGCCAUGUUGGGAUGGCCAGAGAAGACAGGAGACCUGAAAGAAUUUUAUCCCAACUCUCUACUGGAAACAGGCAGUGAUCUGCUUUUCUUCUGGGUGGCCCGGAUGGUUAUGUUAGGAGAGCAGCUGACAGGGCAGUUACCAUUUAAAGAGGUAUUUCUGCAUUCAAUGGUCCGAGAUGCUCAUGGAAGGAAGAUGAGCAAGUCACUGGGAAACGUUCUUGAUCCUCUGGAUGUGAUGACUGGAAUAAGUCUAGAGCAUUUGAGGGACAAGUUAAAGGAAGGGAAUAUGGAUCCACGGGAGUUUAAAGUGGCAGAAGCUGGACUGUUAAAAGAUUACCCCAAUGGGAUCCCUGAGUGUGGUACGGAUGCCCUCAGAUUCGCUCUCUGCUCUCAUAGAGUACAAGGUGAUGAUAUUAAUCUAGAUGUUACCUCCGUCCUCGCUGUCCGCCAUUUUUGCAAUAAAAUCUGGAAUGGAGUGAAAUUUACAUUAACAGCACUGGGUGAAGAUUUUACUCCACUGCCGAUGGAUCAGCUAAGGCCCCAUGCCCCCAUUGACCGAUGGCUUCUGGAUCGUCUGAGGCAAACGACAGAGGAGUGCGAGAAGAAAUUCCAGACCUUCGAGAUUCAUGGAGCUGCUGGGGCCAUUCAUUCAUUCUGGUUGCAGAGCUACUGUGAUGUCUAUGUGGAAGCUGUAAAACCAAUUUUGAAUGGACCUGGUGCUGCUGAUGCCAAACAAGUACUCUACUGGGGAGCAGAGAACAUGCUUCGCCUUCUGUCCCCAUUUAUGCCUUACCUGUCAGAGGAGCUGUGGCAACGUCUUCCAGCUGCUGCUUCGCAAAAUGCUCCCAGCGUCUGUGUUGCUGAGUAUCCAACACCUAGACACACGGGUCAUUGGAACUACCCAGAGGAGGGGGAAUGCUUUGAUUUUGCUCUCUCAGUAAUCAGGACAGUACGAAAAUUGAGGAAUGAAUUCAGCCUGACCAAGGCAAGACCUGAAGUCCACAUUUUCUGUUCACGGGAAGAGGACCUGGCCUCUCUUCAGUCUUUCUGCUCCCCUCUACAGACGCUGUCGUUGUCAGGAUCUCUUCAUAUUCAGCUGUCCAGUGAUACAUCUCAAGAGGGCGAUGACAGAAUUGGCUGGGCCAUGGAGCAAGUAACAGAUAACUGCUGCGUUUAUAUGAAUCUUCAGGGAUUUGUUGACCCGAAGUCAGAGGUCGGGAAGCUACAACCUAAGCUUGACAAGUUAGAACGUCAACUUCAGGGCAAGAAGCCACUUGAGGAGGAAGACAAUGAGGAUAGCGCCAUACAUCGGAAAAUCUCAAGACUUCAACAAACAAUAAGGACUUUGCAGCAGAUGUUAAAGAACUAAAUCAGCCCAGACUGUGCCAUACAGAAUGAAAGAACUAAAUCAGCCCUAGGACUGUGCCGUACAGAAUGAAAGAACUAAAUCGGCCCUGGACUGUGCCGUACAGAAUCAAAGAACUAAAUCAGCCCUGGACUGUGCCGUACAGAAUGAAAGAACUAAAUGGGCCCUGGACUGUGCCGUACAGAAUGAAAGAACUAAAUCAGCCCUAGACUGUGCCGUACAGAAUGAA